AUGACAACAGAGAUAGAAACACAUAGAAUCAACUCAUUGAUUGAAGAUAUUACAAUUCUUAGAUUGGAUUGUGAUUGGGUCAAUGAUCAAACAGAACAAUCAUUUAGAUCGAUUCUUGAAAAAGGUUCUUCAAACUUUUUAUUUCUUGAAUUAAUAUGUUCAAUUGGUAAAGAAUUAUCAGUCUAUUUUGAAAACAUUAAUAUAACUGAUGAUUUAAAGAAUAAUGCACAACUUUUAAAAGAGUCGUUUGGUAACCUCUUGAAAUCAACAUCGUACAAUGGAUCAAUCGAUCAAAUAUUCUCGAGUGAUUCUGAUGACAAGGCUGUAGCUAUUCGUCUAUCAAUGUUUGAACAUGUCUUUUUCCAAUUACAAUCGAUUCAAUUGGAACUCUUUCAAAGAGAAUACACAAUGCAAUUGGACCAAGACAAUAAUGAUGAAAAGAAUAGUACUAAAAUGAGAAUGUCAACAGACUCGACUACUACCGCCGACACUGAAAUGUCAUCUGAUCAAGAUGAUUUCCAAGGUGAUUUGAUCAACAAGAUUCAAAUCCUAAGUGAAAUCUUUCAAAUUAGAUUUAACAAUUUUGAUAACUUUUUAUCAAUUCUAAAUUCAAUCUAUUUAAAGAUUGAAAAUGUAUUAAAACAAUUACCAAAAGAUUUUAUUAGUGAACCAUUCUUUAAGAAUGUAGUGUUUAGUGAUGAAGAGAAACAAAAGAUUGAAGCGAUGAGUAAGAUAUUGUUUGCAGACUAUGACAAGAGAUCAGAGGUGUUGUGCAAGAGAUUAGACGUUACUGUGCAAUCGUUGAUGUGGUCUGACAAGGUACAACAUCAAAUGGAUGAAAUCAACUGGCACAUUAAUUACCAAAGAGAAAUAUUCCCGUCGAUUCAUUACUACACCUUUCAAGACCUCAUUUGUACACACUCUGAUAUUCUCGAUAUUAUCAAGACUUGUCUUCAAUCAAAGUCUACAGGCCUCACCAAACAAAUCAUCGUUGGUACUGUACCAGAUCGUGGUGGAAGAACCACUGAUCGUCGUCCUGCUAUGCCAUCUUUCCACAAACGUGUUGAACAUCCUCAAGAUAGUUUCCAUCAUAGAAAGAAAUCAAAGAAAUAA